AUGUCUAUAGACUUACGAAGAUUUAUCGAACGGUUGACUUCCGUAUAUACUGCACCAAACGAAUUUCAAGAAAGUCGAUUUUUACUCAUUCUAAAGUCAAAUGUUCCAGUUGGUGAAGAUCUUUGGAUAGCAUAUAAAAAACGAACUGCCACUUCUUUAAAACCUUAUGAUGAAAAACUCGCUCGACAACAAUGGGAAAAUUCACCCACAUCAUCUUGUGGAAUGGAUGCAUUUAUAACAUUAUUAAAUCCUGAAUCAUAUAAUUCUGUUUUAUUUGAAUGUUUAGCGGAAGUUGUUACACCUUCAAGAGAAUUGGUUAUUCGUUGGAUGGCACCUAAUCUUAGACGUUUUAGUAAAUACAUUCCUUCUCAAAAUAUGUGGCUUUGUGAUCAAAAACGGAUGGGACCCGAAUAUAUGAAUAGGGAUGUAAGUGAAAUGUAUCUUCGACAAGGAAUUUGUGAAUGCGUAGAUGUUUUAAGACAAUUUAAUGGAAGAGAAGAAGUUAUUAAUGUUGCAUUGGGAGUUUUGGAAAGUUUGGAAAUGCCUUUAUAUUUAAAAAAAGACGAAGAAGAUUUCGUUAUUCCAAGUGAGCUUGAGAAAAAUUAUGAAAUCUCAAAGAAAGUUCUUGGUACGGGUUCUUUUGCUGUUGUAAAAGAAUGUACGAAUAAACAAACUGGUGAAAACUAUGCCGUAAAAAUUAUUUCCAAAAGAGUAAUCAGAGGAAAGGAACAAAUGUUGUCAACAGAACUUGAAAUUCUUAAAAGUAUCAAACAUCCAAAUCUUGUAUCAUUGUAUGAUCUUUAUGAAUCAAAAAAUGGAGUAUACAUUGUUACCGACCUGGCAAAAGGAGGAGAAUUAUUUAGUCAACUUUUACUUAAAGGAUCUUAUACUGAACGAGAUGCUGCUAGUUUGGUGCGGAACAUUUUAGAAGGCGUGGCUUAUUUACAUGAUCAUGAGAUAGUACAUAGAGACCUAAAGCCCGAGAAUUUACUUUUUAAAGAUGAAUCUGAUGACGCGAUUCUCAUGAUUACGGAUUUUGGUCUAUCAAAAAUAUUAAAAAGUCAAGAUGAAAUUUUAAUGACUGCUUGCGGUACACCAGGAUACGUUGCACCCGAAGUACUUUUACAAAUUGGUCAUGGUAAACCAGUAGAUUUAUGGAGUUUAGGUAUAAUCGUGUAUACCAUGUUAUGUGGAUAUACGCCAUUUUAUGAUUUUAUUGAUAAUUUAUUAACUUAUGAUUCAUCGAAAAGGAUUACUGCUCGUGAAGCACUUAAACAUCCCUGGUUUUCAAAAGCAAAUAAUGUUAACAUUAUUGAAACUGUACGAACGAAUUUUGCACCAAAAGAUUUAUUCAAAAGAGCAUUUGACAUUGUUAAAGGUGUUAAUCGACUACGUAAACCGAUUACUGAUAACCCUGAUGAAGGAGAUGAUAAGAAGGCAAGUUCAAAAAUUGCUACUGGACAGCAGAAAAUGAUUAAUGAGAUUUUUGAAGAUAUUAAAUUUUAA